UUCUAAUAUCUCUAGACCCUUUGUAUCACCCAUUGUUUUCUUGCCUGACAACUGUAUCGACUGCUUUUAUACUGCUCGACGUCUCAUCAUUUCUCUUAAAGACACAACGACCUUCUGAUAUCGCACCCAAGCCAGUAGUAGCGGCAUGGCGCGUCGCGCCCACUCCCCAGGUCCAGCCGCACUUCCCAAAGUCUCCUUCGUAAAGGUCGACGAGGACAUAUCACCAAAAGCAUUCGGGGUCGAUGAUAAACAGCAGAGGAGCUAUGGAUACAAUGAUUAUUCAGAGUUCCAUCGUCCAGAACCAUAUAUCCGACAUAUAGAACCGCUGGAGAGCGAAUUGAACCAGCAGGUGGAGUAUGACAUGGAUGAACAGGACCAAGAGUGGCUUGAAGCGCUCAAUCAAGAGCGCAAGAAAGACCAGAUCGGACCCGUAAGCUACGAGACAUUCGAGAUUGUGAUGGACCAGCUUGAGAAGGAGUGGUUCCACCUCUCCAAGAAGAUUCCGAAACCAGACAUGGCCCUUCCGUCCGAAGACUCCACUUGUGCUAUCUGUGAUGACCCGGAAGGAGAGAACACGAACGCGAUUGUGUUUUGUGACGGAUGUAAUUUGGCGGUUCAUCAAGAUUGUUACGGAGUUCCGUACAUCCCUGAGGGUCAGUGGCUCUGCAGGAAAUGUACCGUUUCACCUGAGAACCCAGUGUCAUGUAUCCUCUGCCCAAACGAAGGCGGAGCAUUCAAACAAACCGUUUCAAGUGAAUGGGUGCAUCUCCUUUGUGCAAUCUGGGUCCCCGAAACGAGGGUCGCGAACGAGGUGUUCAUGGAACCUGUUACGGGCAUUGAGAAAAUCUCGAAGCAGAGGUGGAAAUUGAAAUGCCAAAUCUGUGAUGUACGAGAAGGAGCUUGCAUCCAGUGUAGCAAGACCUCUUGUUUCCUUGCAUUCCACGCGACAUGUGCGAGGAAGGAUAAGUUACUCAUGCCGAUGAAAGCGAGUUCGGGCCUGGAGGCACCUAUGCUGCAGUGUUUUUGCGAGAGACAUCUACCACGCGAGCAAGCGAAAAUCCGAGAAGCCGCCCUCGCAGCUGAAGGCACCACCGCUUCCCGCAUCCACUCCCGCUCGCACACGCCCAGCGGCGACACCCCCAUGACUGACACGCCUAUCACCAGUAUCAGCACGGCCUCUCCCUCUUCCCCCAUACGUCACACCCUCACCGUCCCCCCACACAACCACAACCACACAACCCACCCCUCCCCCAAAUCCUCCAAAUCCGCCCGCGCCUACACAAAAUCGUACAAACCUGGCCCUCCCAUAGUGCCCUCUCUCAUCGUCACCCGCAUCCUGACCUAUAUUUCCAAGAUCAGUGUGCGGAAGAAGAGCGAGUUCGUGGAGAUGGUGUGUCGGUAUUGGAGCUUGAAGAGGGAGGCGAGGAGAGGGGCGCCGUUGUUGAAGAGGUUACAUUUAGAGCCUUGGACUGGUGGGGGUUCGGGUGGAGGUGGUGUGGGCGGUGGUGUGGGCGGUCCGAAUUCGAGGGUCAGUGAUGAGGAGAAGGCGAUUAAGCUUGAGCAUAUGAAGAGAUUGAGAGGCGAUUUAGAGAGGGUGAGAACUAUGGCGGAACUUUGUCGGAAGAGGGAGAGCAGGAAGUUGAGACAGACGCAGUUGGUGGCGGAUAUGAUCAAGACGGUUAUUUUCGCGCACGAGGACACGAUGAGGAAUGUGUUUGACAAGAUUGCUGCGAUGGACCGGAACGAUUACUUCAAGAACCCCGUCUCGAAAGUCGACGUCCCAGAUUAUCAUGAGAUCGUAAAGAAACCGAUGUGUUGGACUAUGAUCGAGGCGAAGCUUGAUAGACAUGAGUAUUGGGACUUGGCCGUUUUCAAGGGCGACAUCAGGCUCGUCUUAGACAACGCAAUGUUGUAUAAUAAGGCUGGAACGCCGUAUUAUAAGACUGCGAUGAGGAUCAAGGGUGCAUCGGGGCCGCUCUUGGAAGACUUGGAUGUGUUGGCCACGUCUGCUCCGUUUGAGUUCGGGCAAGGACCGCAGAUAAAGUCACAGCUUCCUACUCCAACUAUUGGGCCGCCGCCACCAUCAGAGCUGCCAGGAGAAGAUUCAACUUCGAUGGACCAUGCGCCCACUCAGCCCGAGGUCUCUGAGCAAGAAGUCUCAGAGGUCGAAGGACCUCCUGCCCCUGCAGUCCAAGACGAACCACCAACAGAACUAUUACAACCAACCGAACUACAUCCACUGACUGAUCCUCAGCCCUCCGCCUCCCACUCUUCUCAAUCCCUCACGACGUCUCACUCCACCGCUUCCUCCUCCACACUGACAAACCCAAUAGGCAACCUCGAACCCCCGCUUUCCUUCCUCAACCUACUCCUCUCUUCCUCCGUCAUUGAGGACAUGCAAGCUUCGUCAGACUUCAUCAUCACAUCCGCCCCAUUACCUUACAUCUUGACGUACGAACUCGGCGAACCCGUCCCUCCACCGCCUGCUCCUCCUACACCUCCACCGCCUCCGACACCACCACCCCAACCAGAACCUGUAUUCGCACCUUCUACUGCUUCGCGUCAUCAGUCUACCGCGCCCAAGGCCAAAGGUCGGAAGGAAAGAGCGAUCGAUAACAACCAGGACAAAGAGACGGAGACAGAUGCUGUGGCUACGGUUGAGGAGCCAGCGAGUGUGAAUGAGCCUAGUAGUGCAAAACCAAAGAGGGACAGGAAAGCGGAGAACGAGAGGAGGCGAGAGAAGGAGAGGCAGAAGCUGUUAGAUUUGAAUGCGGGCUUCAGGGCGCCUGUUGGAUUGAGGACAAGGAGGGCAGCUGCGGCGGAGGCGGCAUUUGAGCAAGAGGCGGCUACUGGCGGAAUAGGUCAACCCCAGGUGCAGGACGGCGACCAUGACGUGGGUGAUGACAGUGGUCAUGUGGAGGAUGUGAAUCGGAAUGUGGUUUCGGUUGAGCCGGAAGUUGAGGUGGGUGAGGAUGUGGAAGCUGGACCGAGCAGGACAGCGCCGACGUCGGAGGCGCAGGUGGAGGCUCAAGUGGAGAUCGAUGUGGAGGGAGAAGAGGUAGAUGUCGAUGUUGAGAUGACGGACGGUGGGGAUGCAGCACCAGCGUCUGCCCAGCUAUCGGUCGAACCAUCAACUCACCAACCUUCACCAUCCGACGAAGCCGAAGACGAAGCCGAAGCUCCGGCCAAACAGCCAGAUCUAUCCGCGAAGAGGGUGGGCGAUCGCAGUGGUACGAAGCGGAAGCGUCCCUCCUACACGCCCAACCAAGCACCUGCUAUCCUCGAAGAUGUGGGCAAGAGAGACACUUUCUUGAAUUUCGAUGCGGGCUGGAUCUUGCCGCAGGGGUCAAGAAGAGGUGGGAGGAAGCCACCGGUGAUUCAGAUGCCUGCUCCGGGAGAGUCCGUUCCAAAAAGAGCCAAACGAAUCCAUGCUUCAGAAGCAAGUAGGAGUCGUGAUACGGGGACGCAAGAGAGAGAAACGGCUACUGCUUCCGUCGCACCUACGGAACUUGCCACCGAAGACCACAGGGAGGUUUCUGUCAUUUCACCAUCAAGUAUCGUAGCUGUGGCGCAAGACGAACAUAUGGAUCCCGAAGCUCCUUCAAUGGAAAGAUCAGAUUACAAUCUCCACGAGGGCGUCACACAGCGUGAACAUUCCGUCCUCGCCAGUCAAACGUCUCGAACCUCGCCGUCCGUCGUUGAACGUUCGCCUUCUCCCCUCAGAACCCGAUCACGUCGCUCGACAGCUCGGUCCCAAACCCAAGUCCGGUCACAAACCCAGACCACAUCAUCACCUAAGUCUGCAAUCCCCAUCGUAUUAGAGCCAAAUACGACGCUAGUUAUGGGCGCGGACGGAAGGAUGGUUCUCGAGGUCUUGGAUACACCAAAGACGAGGAGGGAAAGGUAUAUGCAGCGGAAGAAAGGUUCGAAAGGCGAUAAAUCAAAUGUUGCUGGCGGUAGCUCGUCUCGGGCUGGACCUUCAAGCGUGCGGUCACUUGCCUCCGUGGCGGGUCCUUCACAUCUUCGGGUUUCGAUGCUGGCAGUUGGUGAUCCAGAGGUAGAGUCGGAGUUGAGUGCGUUGAGUGACUUGGAGGACGAUGGAGCGGAGGAAAGCAAAGAGCCUGAGUUCGAAGCUACAGAAGGGUCCCCACCGGUAGAAGAAUUUGAGCAGGUAGGGGCGUCCGAACCAGAAGAGGGAGCCGAACUGGUGGUGAAGUUCGUUGCAGCAGAGGCGUCGCCACCGGUCGAGGAAACUGAACCAAGGGAAGGCCAUGGACAGACGUCGGAGGCAGACCCGUCAGAGGGGCAUGAUCCGACGGUGGAUUCUGAACCUUUGAAGGGGCUCGCGCUGGACGAGGUGCCUGCGUCAGGCAAGGGAGCCACGCCGAUGGAGGAGCCUACACCACCGAGAGUAGAGCCCGAUGUUGAAUCGAGCCCAGAGGAAGAAGCACAACCCAAAGACGAAGAAGCCGACGUUGAAAUCGUACCUACAGAGCAGACUGAGAGUAAGAGUCGCACGAGGAGAAGUAGCGGAAAGAGAACGGGGAAGGGGAAAGGAAAAGGGCGAGUAAACGCACGAAGACAAGGAGACGCAACAGCAGGAACGCGGCAAUCCAGUGGGGAUGGUAUCAUCACGUUGGAGAAAGGGAAGUAUCUCGACGGCGGAACUCUUGUCUGGGCAAAGUCGCCGACAUAUCCAUGGUGGCCAGCCGUUGUAUUUGAACCGGAUGAUGAGGGUAUCCCCGACCGCGUAUUGGAUAAUCGUCCGCAGACGAAAGAGAAACUCCAUCUUGUGCGGUUCUACGACAAGUCUAAAUCCUGGGCAUGGCUAUCACUAGACCGUCUCUUCAUGCUGGGCGAGGAUAAGAAAUUCGACGAGCAGUUUCUGAGCCAGAGCCCACGCCAAAGGUUCAAGAACAAUAACUUGAGGUCUGAGUGUCGGGCAGCAUAUCAGAGCGCGAUAGCCGAGAUGGAAACAGCGGCCAACGGGGACUGAAAGCGACUUACCGAUUCAGAGUGAAUGCGUCCGACGCUGUUCUAUCAUUCUCUAUUAGUUUGUUUAUUUAUGUAUCACACUAUGUAUUUCUUGGAGCUCUCAGAGUCUAGACACAUCAGUUCGAUCUUAGCGUCCGCUAAACCUUUCAAUGUUGC